AUGGCGAUUCGAUCCCUCCUCCGAUCAGUCUCCCACGCGCGCCGUCCCAACCCGAUUCACGAACUCACCAACGGCCUCUCAUCACACUCAAUCGCCACUCACUCUCAUCACCUGAACCAGGUAACCCCAAACCCGACCCCCCAACACCUGGUCAACGAGCUCGCGCGCGUCCUCAGCGACCACAGAAACCCCCAAAACGAUGUCGAAUCAGCCCUCGGCCCGUUCGCACCGGCCCUCUCCGCGGACCUGGUCGAGCAAGUCCUCAAGCGCUGCAAAAAUCUCGGCUUUGCCGCUCACAGGUUCUUCAUAUGGUCCCGAGGCAUUCCCGGCUUUCAACCCAGCCGGGAAAGCUACAGUAUCCUAGUAGAUAUCUUAGGGAGCAGCCGGCAGUUCCCGAUUUUAUGGGAUUUUUUAGCAGAGAUGAAAAAUGCAGGAACCUGUGAAAUCAGCCGAGAAAUUUUCUGGAUUGUUUUCAGGAAUUACAGUCGGUCCAACUCACCGGGUGAUGCAAUUAGAGCUUUUAACAAGAUGGUCGAUUUUGGGAUUAAGCCUUGCGUCGACGACCUCGACCAGCUUAUGUUUUCUUUGUGCAAACGGAAGCAUGUGAAGUGUGCUCAAGAAUUCUUCGAUCGGGUUAAGGGCGGUGAAUUAGUCCCGACGGUGAAAACCUACAGCAUUAUGAUUAGAGGUUGGGGUGACAUGGGAGAUGCCGGUAAUGCACGCAAGCUGUUUGAUGAAAUGCUGGAAAGGGGUUACAAAGUGGAUUUGCUUGCUCUGAACAGCGUUCUACAUUCUCUGUGUAAAGGAGGGGAAGUAGAUGAAGCUUACGAGUUAUUUCGUGGGAUGAGGAAAAUGGGACUCGAACCUGAUGCUUAUUCGUACUCGAUAUUUAUUCAGGCUUCUUGCAGUAGAGACGAUCUCCACACAGCCUUCCGGGCUCUGGACUCUAUGAAAAGAAAUAAUCUUAUUCCCAACGUGUUCACCUACAACUGCGUGAUCAAGAAACUUUGCAAGGACGGUAAGAUAGACGAGGCCCACCAAAUGCUGGACGAGAUUAUAGAGAGAGGUCUCAAACCCGACACGUGGAGUUACAACACGAUUCUAUCCGCCCAUUGUGACCGUAAUGAGGUCAACAAUGCCCUAAAACUUAUUUCCAGGAUGGAUAGAGAUCAGUGCCAAAGGGACUCGCACACAUACAACAUGGUGCUUAAGAUGCUCAUAAGGAUAGGAAGGUUUGAUAGGGUCGACAAGAUUUGGCACUCGAUGGAGAAGAGAGGGUUUCACCCCUCGGUCUCGACAUAUUCUGUCAUGAUCCACGGGUUCUGUAAAAAAAGAUGGAAAGUUGAGGAGGCUUGCGAGUAUUUCGAGAGGAUGGUCGAUGAGGGAAUACCGCCUUAUGACACGACGUGUGUUCUUUUGAGGAAUAAGCUUGUCGGGUUGGGGUUUGCCGAGAAAACGGAUGUCCUUGCAGGCAAAAUGGAAAGGAGCAGUUGUAAGGCAAUUCAGGUUAAGGCUGGUCUCAUGAGGGGUAAUAGGGGACACGUGAAGUUGAGAAGAGAGACAGAAUUCUCGGAUGAAAGUGACGAGACGAGCGAGUCUUACGAUCGGGAAAUGGAUUGUUUGUAG